AUGGCCAUUCCCGGCAUCCCCUAUGAGCGACGGCUUCUCAUCAUGGCGGACCCUAGAGAUAAGGCGCUUCAGGACUACCGCAAGAAGCUGCUGGAGCACAAGGAGAUCGACGGCCGUCUCAAGGAGUUAAGGGAACAAUUAAAAGAACUUACCAAGCAGUAUGAAAAGUCUGAAAAUGAUCUGAAGGCCCUACAAAGUGUUGGGCAGAUUGUAGGUGAAGUACUUAAGCAACUAACUGAAGAAAAAUUCAUUGUUAAAGCCACAAAUGGACCACGAUAUGUUGUGGGUUGUCGUCGACAGCUUGACAAAAGUAAGCUGAAGCCAGGAACAAGAGUUGCUUUGGAUAUGACUACACUAACUAUCAUGAGAUAUUUGCCAAGAGAGGUGGAUCCACUGGUCUACAACAUGUCUCAUGAGGACCCUGGGAAUGUUUCUUAUUCUGAGAUUGGAGGACUAUCAGAACAGAUUCGGGAACUGAGAGAGGUGAUAGAAUUACCUCUUACAAACCCAGAAUUAUUCCAGCGUGUGGGAAUAAUACCUCCAAAAGGCUGUUUGUUAUAUGGACCACCAGGUACAGGAAAAACACUUUUGGCAAGAGCUGUUGCUAGCCAGCUGGACUGCAAUUUCUUAAAGGUUGUAUCUAGUUCUAUUGUAGACAAGUACAUUGGUGAAAGUGCUCGUUUGAUCAGAGAAAUGUUUAAUUAUGCCAGGGAUCAUCAACCAUGCAUCAUUUUUAUGGAUGAAAUAGAUGCUAUUGGUGGUCGUCGGUUUUCUGAGGGUACUUCAGCUGACAGAGAGAUUCAGAGAACUUUAAUGGAGUUACUGAAUCAAAUGGAUGGAUUUGAUACUCUACAUAGAGUUAAAAUGAUCAUGGCUACAAACAGACCGGAUACACUGGAUCCUGCUUUGCUUCGUCCAGGAAGAUUAGAUAGAAAAAUACAUAUUGAUUUACCAAAUGAGCAAGCAAGAUUAGAUAUAUUGAAAAUCCAUGCAGGUCCCAUUACAAAGCAUGGUGAAAUAGAUUAUGAAGCAAUUGUGAAGCUUUCAGAUGGCUUUAAUGGAGCGGACCUGAGAAAUGUUUGUACUGAAGCAGGUAUGUUUGCAAUUCGUGCUGAUCAUGAUUUUGUAGUACAGGAAGACUUCAUGAAAGCAGUCAGAAAAGUGGCUGAUUCUAAGAAGCUAGAGUCUAAAUUGGACUACAAACCUGUGUAAUUUACUGGAAGGUUUUUGAUGACUGCAUGACAGAUCCUGGCUUAAUGUAAAAAUAAAGUUAAGGAAAAUAAUGUGUGUAUUGGCAAUGAUCUCAUUAAAAGCAUAUGAAUAAAAAUAUGUAUGGAUAACACUAAAAAUUAGUAAUUAAUUCUACUUUUAAGAUUGGUACAGAAGAAAUUUGUAUGUUUGUUAAUAUUGCAUUUAUUGCAGCAAAAGUUAUGAGUAUGUUGAAGCUUUUCGUAUUUGCUGUGUGACCAUUUUGUAAAACAUUGAAAGUAGUUUGAAAUCGUAGUAUGAGAGCAUUUCUUAUGACUUAUUUUAUAUCAUUUGUUUUCCUCAUCCUAA